CGAAUCAAUGACGUCAGGUCGGUCGUAAAACGACUAACGUUUGCAAUAACUAGGUCGACAGGAACAGUUUCAAAAUGGGACUUUUACUAAAAAAUCGUUAAUGCCAAGAGUAAUCCAAGUCAACUCGUCCAGCAAUUUAAAUGCCAACCCGCGUGGCGAGGAAGAGGCUGGGUUUGACUUAAAUGAAAACAGCGAAGAAAACGGCCUUAACCAGAACGACAACCAGCAGGCGAAAGCCGAUGAUGAGACGUUUUCAAAUUACCUGCCGUUUUCAGUCAACUAUGCUCUGUAUAAUGUAACGUAUUCGCCGUCUGAAGAUACGCCGUAUUGCCUUAAGUGCGAGAUUGGCGGUCGAGUGGUGAGAUUUAAAAAAGACGCACGCGUUUGGCUUCACAAGAGCAGCGAUCGGAAACGGAAGUUAGAAGUUCAAAAUCUUCGAACAGAGGCCACUGCAAAACACAUCAAAGGCUCUGCUAAUCUCAAUACAGUCGAUGAUGAAAGUAUCGAAGACAUGAAACAACGAUUAGGCAAAAUACAACAAUACUUUCAAAGCUAUUGCGCGACAUACAAUGGGUACAGGAAUAAUGCGGCGGAUGUCGACAGCGAUUUGUCGUCUCUCGGUGAUUCGGACGCGGAUCUUGCUUAUUCGGAAGCGUCAAGCCCAACAGAUUCCCAGUUGGCGCUAAACAAGGGAAAGAACGCCGAAGAAAGCAAGCGGGUAAAGUUCACAAUUGCCGACGAGGAGAUCAUUGUAACCGCCUCUCUGGAUAAUGAUGACGCUGGAAAAGACGAUGGUUAUAACAACGAAAUUGCUAUGGACAUGGACGACGUACGCUUCGACGCGGAUAACGCUAGCGGAAACAAUAUCCGGUCCGGCAUCACGUCGCGAGAGGUCGUGCGGCGACUGGCGCCAGCGAUAGCUAUGGAAGACGAGUCCCUCAUCGACGGGCUGCUGGACGGAGCGGCGAACAAUUAUCCGUCGGAACGCGCCGUCAAGAAGUACCGGCGCCGACGGGCUAGGAGAAAUCCCUCGACGUCGUCUCAUGUUUCCGGGAGUAAAACUCGUUCAAGACGUCAAGCGGAACGGGACAAACACGCCUUCUACAACCUCCGGAGCGGAAAGGCCAGGAGGUACACAGAAAACUUCCGAGCAUUGACACGGAAAAGCCAGCGUCACUCGCAGAACAGAACUCUGAAGAACAUCAACAGGAACGCCAACACUCAAACAGCAGGAGUCAUCAGAAUCCUCGAGUCACGUGACGAGGCUGUCCAGGUGACAUUGCACGAGCAACCCUGUCACGAUGACAGAGUGCCUUCCCUUGUCUCAAUUGCCCGUAUUGCCAUGCUCAAACCGUCAACCAGAUAUUGGAAUAUUAAAUUGUCAUAAUAUUGCAAACAUUCGAGAUGAAAAUAUUACAGAAUUUGAAAUAACUUUUCAUAGCGAUUGUAACAUUGUAGCUUCUAUUUUGCAUUAACAAAAUGAAUCACUUAAAAAGAAACAACAAAUGUGUGGCUCUUUAUUUGCUACUCUGUCAAGGAUUGCUAUAACUUUUGCUACAGUUAUUGGUAUAGCUCACUUCUUUUAAAAUACAGGUUGGUGAUACGAUC